AUGGGCCAGGAAAAUAAAAACUGGACAUGGGUGAGUGAGUUCAUUCUGUUGGGGCUGUCCAGUGACUGGGAGACUCAGGUCUCCCUCUUUGUCCUGAUCUUGGCCAUGUACUUGAUGACUAUUGUGGGAAAUUCCAUCAUUCUUCUUCUGAUUAGAUUGGACAGCAGGCUUCAUACCCCCAUGUACUUCUUCCUUAGUGUUCUGUCCUUUGUGGACCUUUGUUAUUCAAACAGUAUUGCCCCACAAAUGCUGGUUUCCUUGCUCUUAGCCCCAAAGUCCAUCCCAUUCCACAGCUGUGUGCUCCAGCUCUACACUUCCCUGGCAUUGGGAGGGUCUGAGUUCUUCCUGCUGGCAGCCAUGGCCUAUGACCGCUAUGUUGCUGUGUGCCACCCACUGCACUACACUGUCAUCAUGCGUGGACAGCUGUGCUGGGGGCUCGCUGCUGGCUGCUUGGUGGCUGGUUUCACAAAUUCACUGCUGGAAACAAUCAUCACCUUCCGGCUUCCCCUGUGUCACAAUAUUAUUAACCACUUUGCCUGUGAGACUCUGGCAGUACUACGGCUAGCCUGUGUGGACAUCUCCUUCAACAAGGUCAUGGUGGCCAUCUCAGGAUUCCUGGUGAUCAUGCUGCCCUGUUCCCUGGUUCUGCUCUCCUAUGCUCAUAUAGUUGCUGCCAUUCUGCGCAUUCGCUCUACUCAGGGACGUAGCAAAGCCUUUGGGACUUGUGCCUCUCACCUCACUGUGGUUUGCAUGUGCUUUGGGGCUGCCAUUUUCACAUACCUGGGGCCACGCUCUGCCUCCUCAGAGGAAGAGGAGAAGGUGGUUUCUCUAUUCUAUGCUGUGGUGGCCCCCAUGUUGAACCCUUUGAUCUACAGCUUGAGGAAUAAGGAAGUUAUGGGUGCUCUCCAGAAAGUUACAGAGAAAUUCAGAUAA